AAAAUGGACGAGGAACAACUUUUGGAUUAUGAAGAGGAGCAAGACGAAACUCAAGAACAGGCUAAAACUAUUGCUGAAAAUGGAGAUGCUUCAAAGAAGAUAAAGGGUAACUAUGCCAGUAUUCACAGCAGCGGAUUUCGAGAUUUGAUGCUUCGUCCAGAACUUCUUCGUGCGAUCAUCGACUGUGGAUUUGAACAUCCUUCUGAAGUCCAACAUGAAUGCAUUCCUCAAGCGAUUUUGGGUAUGGACAUUGUCUGCCAAGCAAAGUCUGGUAUGGGGAAGACAGCUGUAUUUGUGUUGGCAACACUUCAACAAUUGACUCCAGUUGACGGGACGGUCUCUGUUCUCGUUAUGUGUCACACUCGCGAACUUGCUUUUCAAAUUUCAAAGGAAUACGAAAGAUUUAGCAAAUAUAUGCCCGGAACGAAGGUUUCGGUUUUCUUUGGUGGUAUGCCGAUUAAGAAGGACGAGGAAACUUUGGCUAAGAACACUCCGCACAUUGUUGUUGGCACUCCAGGGCGUCUGCUGGCGUUGGGACGUACAGGACAAUUGAAGCUGAAAAACAUCAAAUUCUUCGUUUUAGACGAAUGUGACAAAAUGAUUGGGGACGCUGAUAUGCGUCAUGAUGUCCAGGAAAUCUUCAAAAUGACACCACAGGAGAAACAGGUGAUGAUGUUCAGCGCAACACUUCCACGGGAGCUUCGCGUCGUCUGCAAGAAAUUUAUGCAAGAAGUGAGUCAUCUUCUCAAAAAAAGUUUAUUUGUGUUGUUGCUCUGUUGGAAAAUACUCUCCGGGCUAUAUUUAAACUUUCGAGACCGUCGUUGUGCAAACACUACGGCAAACAUUUGUGUUUUGUAUAUAUUGGAGCGGAUUUUUGUAUAUAAUGGCCAAGACUUGAAAGAUUUUUUGGAAUAA